AUGUGGAUAUUUGGAUCGGUCAUCAUCAGCAGCACAAAGAUGUCGAAAAGAUUCGCUCUCGGCUUCGUUCAAAAGAUGUCACAGGUGAUGGGCGGUGUUUGCCCACACCACUGCCACGAUCCAUCGCCUCUGUCUGUGGCACGGCUAAGUGGAGGGGGAACUGGUGCAGGCACGGAUCACGCUUUUGAGAUGAUUUGCUCAACGAUUCGCUUUGGAAAAGGUGUAACAUCCGAGAUUGGCUACGAUAUACGGAACUUAGGAUCGAAGCAUACGUUGGUGGUUACAGACAAGAACGUCAUUAACACCGCAGGUUUUAAAAGUGUUGCUCAAUCAUUGCAAUCACUUGGUGUGAAGUACACAGUCUUCGAUGAUGUUUUAAUUGAACCAACCGAUGAGAGUAUGCUGAAAGCGGUGGACUUCGCACGUAACGUCGGUUGCGACUCUUUCGUAGCUGUCGGAGGAGGAUCCGUUAUUGACACCACUAAGGCUGCCGCUUUAUAUUGCUCCAAUCCGGAAGCGGAUUUCUACGACUUCGUAUGUCCACCUUUUGGGAAGAAUCUUGUACCUAAGAAGCCUAUGCUUCCGUUGAUUGCUGUUCCUACAACAGCAGGAACCGGUAGUGAAACAACAGGUGCGGCUAUCAUGGACCUUCCCAAGCACCAGUGUAAGUCUGGAAUUCGACAAAGGUGUAUCAAACCUCUACUAGCGAUUGUUGAUCCGGAUAACAUAAAAAGCAUGCCUCGGAAUGUAGCGAUCUAUUCUGGUUUUGAUGUGUUGUGUCAUGCGCUUGAGAGCUACACAGCUCUUCCUUAUCACAAGCGAUCUCCUCGUCCUGCUCGACCGGAGCUAAGGCCCCUUUAUCAAGGAUCCAAUCCCAUUAGCGAUGUGUGGAGCAUGGAAGCCCUUAGGAUUAUGGGUAAGUAUUUCCGUCGUAGUGUAGCGGACAGCUCCGAUGAGGAGGCUAGGGAGCACAUGCUGUUAGCCAGUACUUUUGCUGGUGUUGGGUUUGGGAAUGCAGGAGUGCAUAUUUGCCACGGACUGAGUUAUCCCAUUAGUUCUCAAGGAAAAUCCUACUUUGAUAAAGACUAUCCGGAGACGAAACCACUUAUUCCUCACGGUUUAUCAGUUGUAACUACUGCCGUGGCUGACUUCGAAUUUCUCACUUCAUCGUGUCCGGAAAGGCAUGCACAAGCUGCUAGGCAGUUGGGCGCAGAUGUCCCGUCCAACGCAAGCGACAGCUACAUCGCCGGCAAACUUUGCGACGAACUACGCAGUUUCAUGCGAGACUUCCAAGUCCCAAAUGGUCUCGAAGCGAUGGGAUUCAAAUUCUCCGACAUUGACAAACUCUCAACUGCUGCAGUGAAUUCAGUUGUUAAUAUUGCAAUCACGCCAAAAGAGGCUGAUCGAGAAAUCAUUUCAAAAAUUUAUGAAAAAUCGUUUAAAACCGAGUCAUCUCGACUUUCGCUUGAUGUUGUACUCAAUGACUCCUUUUCUGGAAUCGUAUCAUCAAGGACAGAAAUAUUUGCUCGUAAUAUAUACAUCACUGUGGAAAUUCUAAGAGAAAAGAUGAGGUGUCUUCUGUUGGUAUUGCUUUGCAUAACAGUGAUCACCUGCGAGUAUGCAUCUGUGAACAGGUUCAAAAGAUGGACAAAUGAGGAGAGGUGUAAUGCUCCUACACAUUUACCGGGAAGGCAGUGCUUAGCUUACUUCGAGAGAUACACUUACAUCAAAGAAAAGAAUAUAUGCGAAAUGUUCAUCUAUGGUGGGUGCCGUCCAUCUCCAAACAACUUCAGUACACUUGAGAAAUGCCAGAAAACUUGCGUCAAAGGCUGA